GCAAAAUCACCGUCUUCGCUCCGGCAAAAUAUCUCCAACCCAAUUCGACGCCUCCCAGCAACACCACACCCGUUGAAUCGUUCACUCGAGCGCCCACACCCCCGCAAAUCUCACUCGCGUCAAUACUAUGCCUCGUCAGUCAAGGUCAACCGCUCGUCCGGCUCCGGCCCGGCCGACCGUCCCGGCGCGUUCCGGCCCCGCUCCGACCCAGCAGCAGCAGACCCGGCCGGCCGCCACCUACGCGGCUCCGACCGGUUCCUCCCCUACUGCCAUGGCUCACCAAGCUCCCACGGCUUCCGGCUCCCAGGGUCCUGGUCUUCUCGGUCAGAUGGCCAGCACCGCGGCUGGCGUCGCGAUCGGCUCCUCGAUUGGCCACGUCGUCGGCAACGGCAUCAGCAGCAUCUUCGGCGGCAGCUCGAGCGGCGCGCCCGAGCCCGCGCAGGCGACGCAGGCGCAGGCCGCGCAGAGCAACAGCAGCUGGGGGAACAACUGCGCGGGCGCGACCGAGCAGUUCACCAGGUGCAUGGACGAGCAGGGCGGCAACAUGCAGAUCUGCGGGUGGUACCUGGAGCAGCUGAAGGCCUGCCAGGCUGCGGCUAAGCAGUUCUGAGUUUGGCGGAUGGAUUGAUUGAAGGGGGUUGAGGAAUGAUGGGGGUUGAGGAAUGAU